AUGUCCUCCACGUACCUCAAAAUCGUAAUCGUCGGGGAUGGGGCGUGCGGAAAGACGUGCAUGCUCAUAUCCUACAAGGAGGGCACAUUUCUCCAGGAACACAUCCCCACCAUUUUCGAAAACUACUCCAAAAAUUACGUCCUCUCCCUCUGGGACACUGCCGGGCAGGAGGCCUACGAGAGACUGCGGCCUCUCUCCUACAGUGGGGCAGACCUGGUGAUAAUCUGCUACUCCGUCAACUGCAUCGACUCCCUCAAGAACGUGCCUCAGUACUGGAUUCCCGAAGAUGACGCCAUUGCUCGACACAAACAGGCUAUUUUGUCUCGUUCUUCCCAUGACACACAGUUCUGUGUUUUCUGCAAAUACGAGUUUGUCCAGGACGACUCAAAGUGUCACUGCAGGUUUAGUCCUUCUUGA